UCAAUGCGGUAGUGGAACGAAACGGAAGAACACAGGUUGGAAAGGGCUGAGGAUUUUUCAAUCCCGUUUACAAAACUGUCUCCAACCGGACCACUACGAAUUUUAGGAAAGCCAGAGGCCGCUAUACAACAUGGGAAACGCAGAGAGCGGCUGCGGAGGUGGUAGUGGGGACGAGGAGGAUGUCGAAGCUGAGAGCCCCGGGUUCGCGGAAGGCAGUCCGGCCUCUGCGGCCACGGGCGUCGGCGUUGCAAACAGUGGAGGCUCUGGUUCUGGAAGGAGUGGAAGGGGAUCAAAUAACCCUCCAGUGCCGGGCUGCGGACCACCUACCCCCGGGGUGCUUUUAGAGCAAGUCAAACUGAGGGAGGCGGCGGCCCGCAUUAGCGACUCGGGGGUCGCCAUUCCUGAGUCGGUCCUGGCCGGGAAUGAGGGCGUCCUGGUGCGGUGGCUCGAGGACCGGUUGAGCCGGGGAGAGGAGUCUGUAAAUGUGGAACAAUUUUGCGAGAUGCUCGAGAGCCGAGACGCUCCGCGAGAUGAGUGCGAAGAGGCCUUUGGUCAGUUUGACGCAGAGGGCGAUGGAGUGGUGGACGUUGAGAACAUGCUGAUGGCUCUGAAGAACUCCAACGGGGCCAAUCUACAGGGAGAGCUGAGUCACGUGAUCAGACAACUCCAGGCAUGCACCCUAACCCCAGGAUUCGUUGACAUAUUCUCCAAGUCCAAAGACAGGUUGGGAGCGCAUGCCUCAAAGAUCCUGAAGUUCCUCCACAGGAACCGUAUUCCCAGUAGUGCCAUCCCUUUCCCUGUUCUAGAGGGAUACAACAGCAUUUGUACCAUGAGGUCUACCGUGGUGCAGGACUUCCUAGAGUUCCUCCUUCAGAAGGAGAAAGACUUAGACAUCCAGUACAGGGCAGAGUUGAACCGGGACCCAGAGGUGGAUAAAGUGAAGGUGGUCACACAGUGCUACAACUUCAUAGAAGCUUCAUCCAAUGCUGCGGACAUCCACAAGAUGACCAACGGAGAGACUGUGACCUUCUGGCAGUCAGACGGCAGUGCACGCUCACACUGGAUAAGGUUGAAGAUGAAGCCGGACGUGGUGCUGCGUCGCCUGGCCAUCGCAGUGGCAUCCAACGACCACAGCUACAUGCCCCAGCUGGUGUCGGUGGCCGUGGGCAAGAACCGGCGCUCGCUGCAGGAGAUCAAGGAUGUGCGCAUCCCCUCCAACGUCACAGGUUACGUGGCCCUGCUGGAGAACGCCAACAUCACUCACCCCUACAUCCAGAUCAACAUCAAGCGGUGCCUGAGUGAUGGUUGUGACACGCGGAUCCACGGGCUGAAGACCCUGGGCUACCAGAUCACCAAGAGUAAAGAGGUGUCUGUGUCUGAUGCCUCGGCUAUCUGGUACCUGUCACUGCUCACAUCCCUGGUCACAGCCUCAAUGGAGACCAACCCUGUCCUGGCACAGACUGUCCUACAGAGCACACAAAAAGCCUUAAAGCACAUGCCACCACUGUCCUUAACGCCGUCGUCCACUGAGUUCCCCAAGUUCUUCUCCAUGAACAUCCUUGAGGAGGUGGACGGGUUCCUGCUCAGAAUAGCAGAUUGCUGUGUGACCCCUGAUGCAGAACUGACCCUGUUGGCCUUUGCCCUGGCCCGGGGCAGUGUGGCUAAGAUCCUCCAAUCCCUGUCUGGUAUCAGUGAGCACCUGGAGGCAGAGUACAGAGCCUCGUCMCUCAUCUCCUCCAUGGCCUCAGUCAGACUGCGCCUGCUCUACCGCAACGGGAAGACCCUUCAGUUGCACCUGCAGGCCUGUGAUGUGAAGGGCAAAGAGGAGAAGUCGGGACCAGAGAACAUGCUGACUGAAUCCGCCGCCACUGGAGACGGGUUUCUUACAGAAAGUGGUAAGAAGAGAGCUAGCGUGAUCCUGUCUACAGAAGACCAGAGCAACUUCCAGGUCACUCAGAUGAAGAUUAAAGUCCGUAAAGGUGCCAUUGGAGCAAAGUGUGGCCUGGUGUUUGCCUACAGUGAAGGAGACACCUUUGAUGCAGAAAAACACUUCAAGAGGUUUAAGAAGUAUGACUCCUGGAACUACAAGGACUACAAGGAGUUUGUGCAAGACAAUCUGAGGAUUCCACUGCAGGCGGAGGAUGAGCCCAUUGGCUGGUUUGAGCUGGAGGAUGACUGGAACGAUGUGGARAUCAAACUGCAGACUUGUCGCGUUGCAAAGUUCCUGAUGGUGAAGUUCCUGUGUGCGCGGCAGGACAGUGCAGAGCGUCUGGGGGUCCAGUCCCUGUCCUUCAGUGGGUACCUGUGUCCCGGGGCCGAGAGGCUGGAUGAUCUGGACGACCUGAGCCCACAGGGAGAUGGCUCAGAGGGGGACAUGGUCACUGGACUCACCCUGCUCAAGAAGACCCUCUUCUUCAUCCAGCAGCUCACACGAGACAUGGUACCCACUGAUGUGUCCCUGUUCAAGCAGAAGUUUCUACUGGAUUUCAGUGGUCUCAACCUCAUCCUGUUUUGGAGCUUCUACAACAAACUCCGGGAGAUUGAUGGAGAGGAGGUGAUGAAGAGCAGAGUGCUGGUGCUCCAGCUGCUCCAGAACUGUUUCGCCGUGCUGCCCAGCCCCAGCUCGCUGGAAUUCAGGGGCCUAGAGGAGAGCAGGGGGACCGAGGAUGGAGCAGUAACCCCAGCAUCAGCCUCGGCAUCCCCGUCCACAUCCAGCAGUAGCGAGCCAGACUCUGCCAGGGCAGUGUGGGAGCUCUACACCCACCUCUGUCAAAUAGUAGAUGGUCCAGAGGCUGAGGGGACAGUGGACAAAGCCCUGAGGAAGGAGGCAGUGAAAGCCGUUCUGAACGGAGCAGCAAUCUUCUUCCCAGACAAACAAAGCAGAAGAGACAAACUCUUCCACAUGAUGAAAAACAUCACAGAGGAGGAUCAGCCAGAGUCUGUGAAAUUGACGUUUGAAUCGCUUUGUAAUUACUUCAGUGACCAGGAUCCCAGUGGCCUUCUCCUGCUCCCUCCUAAAGGAGCUCCUUCAGACUUUGACAUCAGCCCCAUCCUCAGUGUCAUGGAGACCCUGCUACUGGUGGCCACUCGGGAAUGUGAGGUGAUGAUGGUGGAUGUGAGUGGCGGGGCCAGCAGGAAGGUGCUACUGUCUCUGUUCUGGGCUCUGCAGGGCAGCCUGCUCUCCUGGUGUUACCUGCAACUCAAAGGAGGGGCUGCUGCAGCCCCCACCGCUGCAGACCUGGCCAGAGAUAUCCUCCUCAAAUAUGUGGAUCAGUUCCUGGGCAGCACUAAGACAGUGCUGGGAGGCCUGCUGCGGAGAUACAGUGGAGCUGAAAUCACUGACAAACUCAAUGGAUCCAUCCUGGCCAUGGCCACCAGACAGAUGAUGAUCUUCUUGUUGGAGCUGUGUUUCCUGGACAUCCCUCACUGUAUUCUGCUCACCAGUUUCGCCUCUCUGGUUGAGCUGCUUAAAAACCUCUCCAGUGAAACGGGAGACAUCUUCUCUAAGGUGGACCUGGAGAGCUGCCAGCAGCCCCAGCAGCCGGUGGUCCUGAGGACCUGGAACAUGGAGUCUCCUCAUAACUACGAGAACAGCAGACACGAGACCACCAUCUUCGCCUGCCCCGGGGCCACUUCCUUCGAGGUGGAGUUUGACGAACGCAGUGAGACAGAGAAGAGAUACGACUACCUAGAGUUCACAGACGCCAGAGGAGGGAAGGUCCGCUACGACAUGAAGGUCGGGACUGAGAAAUGGCCAAAGAAGGUGACGUUUGAGGCUGGGCCCCAGCUGCAGUUCCUGUUCCACUCAGACAGCAGCAACAACGAGUGGGGCUAUAAGUUCACUGUGACGGCCCACGGCCUGCCUGAUAUCACCGUGUCCUGGAUGUCAGACCUACAGCUCCUGGUGGCCCGACUCAUGGGCCGCCUGGCCUCCAGGACCAUGGCCCUCAAAUCACCCCACGAGAUCCGCAGUGUGAAGGAGCUUCCUGCUGGGAAGAUGGCCCACGUCCUGUCCUCUCCUCUGUGGAAGCCUGUCUUCAGACACGGGCUCAUUGAAUCUCCCCACGUCCACACAGAUGAGGUGAAGACAUGCCAGCCAGGUUGUUCUGAUUGUUUCAUGARAUUCUGUGCCGACUUUGGUCACUGGAACCCGACAGAGGAGCCUCUAGACGGCAGGACUCAGUUGAUGAAAAGCCUCAUGCUGGCCUGCAAGAAGCAGCCAAUUAGGAACGAGAUAGUUGCGGGGUGGAAGGCUGACAUGGCGGUGAAUGCCAUCUUUGCAGCCAUGAUUUACCACACGCCAGCCCUCAACCACGCUCUCAGGAUCUAUGCCAGCCAGGGUGGUCAGGCGAGUCUGAGUGAAGACUUUGUGCAGGUCUUCUCACUGGCUGAGAGCAUCAAAACAUGGAUGUUGGAGAUGAAGCAGCGGUAUCUGGUAGGCAAAAUGAAUGUCUCUGAGGAGGAGAAGGAGGAGGGCCACUGUGAAGUAACCAUGGAUGGUCUCGCUGAGAUGGUCCUUGGGAAGGCCGAUCUUUUGUUGAGAUUCCCCCCCAGUGGCGCUUCUUCUCGCUUGGACACCGACUCCUCCAGGGCAGCAGAGGGCAGCGCUGUCCUACAUCCUCCACUCCUCCRCUCCACCUCCAUAUCAGAGGGGGACUUCCAGCCCAGCACCUCGUUGGGAGCCCAGUCCUCCCAGRCAGCAGGCUCUGAGGUGGGGGGCUGUGAAGCAAGGUCUGGAGCUGUGGGCCCAGUGCCUGGACCAGGCUGCCCUCAUUCUUUCAGGGUCCAUCCCCAAGGUUCGACAGCUUCUGACCCAGGGCCGGGCCCAUCCAGCCAGGGYCUCCUGGGGUCCACAGAGAGCCUGUCCUACCAGCCAGGGGCAGCAGAGCCUGCCUCCCCCUCCACCUUCCCCCGGAAGGCUCCCUCCUUCAGCCGGGGCCGCCUUCGCCUCCUCUCCUUGCGCUCCGUGGAAGAGCCUCGCUCUGCCCCCUCUAUCAAGGAACGCUACCCUCUCCUCAAACACAUCAUCAAUUUCAUGAAGGACCAGACACUGACUGCUGUCAGUGUCCGGCAGACGCUGUCCUUGAACAAGGCCCAGGCUCAGAGUGUGUGUAAGGUACUGGAGACGGUGCAGCAGUGUUUACUGUCCCUGGGGAAACCACACCUCUUCCAGGCCCCCUGCAUUCUGUUCCUACAGGAACUGCUGGCCUGCCAGAAAGACUUCACCAGUUAUUUCUCCCAGUUGUCUGGCAGUGGGCAGGAGCUGAGAGAGAAGGUGAGGAGGUCCUACCAUCGACUAGUCCUCAUGCUGGUGGAGGCAGUACAAGGCUUCAGCAGUCUCAACGAGAAGGUCCUGCUGCCUGCCCUUUCUUGUGUUCAGACAUGCCUGCUGCAUCUCYUGGACAUGAGCUGGGAGGUGCAGGACCUCCCCCUGUUCCUCCAGAUCAAACUACCUGACCUCCUCCUCACCAUGUCCCAGGAGAACAUCAGCGUGCACGACAUUGCCAUCAGUCAGUGGACGGAGGAGGAUGAGAUAGCAGACUACAAGAAGAACCGGGACUGGAUGGACGAGUGCGUGGACGGGAUGUUUGAGAAGUGGUAUGACAAGAUUGACGAGGAGGGUUCCAUGGAGGACAGGAGAAAGAUGCACAUGUUCAUAGCUCGUUAUUGUGACCUGCUCAACGUGGUGAUCUCCUGUGAUGGCUGUGAGAGGAUGGCCCCCUGGCACCGGUACCGCUGUCUGCAGUGUAUGGACAUGGACCUGUGCAAGACCUGCUUCCUCAGUGGUGCCAAACCGGAGGGUCACGAGGACGACCAUGAGAUGGUGAACAUGGAGUAUGCGUGUGACCACUGCCAGGGCCUCAUUGUGGGCAGCAGGAUCAACUGUAAUGUCUGUGAAGACUUUGACCUCUGCUUCGGCUGCUACAAUGCCAAGAAAUACCCCGACAGUCACCUCCCGACCCAUCGGAUCACCGUCUGUCCCAUGGUGACCAUCAGGAUCAGUGACCGCCACCGUCUCAUCCAGCCCUACAUCCACAACUACUCCUGGCUGCUGUUUGCUGCCUUGGCCCUGUACACCUCAGACCUGAGCAGCGAGAGACAGCAGGAGGGGGAGCCUCUGGGGCCAGACACCCUGACCCAGGCCUCCGCCCUGCAGACACGCUGCUCACAGCUCAUUACCGAGUGCCUACUCAAGGGACAGACUGGCAAAGGUCUGCGGUCCUCUGCCCUGCUGUCCCUGCUGGCCUCUAAUGAGUCAGAGAGUGAGCUGUGUCCUGAGUCACCCUCCCAGGAGCUCAGCAUCAACACMACCACAGAAGACACCUCCUCUCUGYCUGGCUCCACCACUGCUAUCUGCUCACCACUGCCCUCUAGGGACAAGAGUAAAGCCCAGGGGAAGGAGAAAGGGAAGGAGAAGGAGGUGCAGUCUCCCCCUGCUGCCCUGGAGGUGUGCUCCACGUCAGAGGGAGAAGGAGGACAGGAGAAGGGGAAGAAGAAGCUGGUGAAACAGGACACCCUCGACUCGUCCAGCCUCAGCCAGACCCCGUCUCUGUCCAGCGAGGGAACACUCUCUCCUGUGGUCAGAGCUCCAGAGUCGGGCUCAGAGACCAUCACCUCUCCAACGCCUGAGGACAUAGAAGAGAUGAGAGAGAUGAUGAAGGAGAGGGAUGAGAAGAUGGAGAAGAUGGCCAAGGUGCCCAUCCAGGAGCAUGUGUUUGCAGAGUGCUCCAGAGAGAGGAUCCUGGGACUGCUAGCUGCCAUGCUGCCUCCAGCCAAACCGGGCUCCACCCUUGCUCUGUCCAGCCUGAGCCCCAUCCUGCCCCAGCUCUUCAGGGUGGUCAUCUCCAAUGCCGGGUGUCUGAACGAGACCUACCACCUGACCCUUGGUCUCCUGGGGCAGCURCUGCUGAGGAUACCACCCCUGGAGGCGGACGCGGCCGUCAGAGAUGCCCUGGCCGAUAAGUACGAGCUGCUCACCCCUGGAGAGGGGGCUGCCUCCGGGGCUGACACACAGGGCUGGAAGACCACCCAGCUACUUUUCAGCCUGGGGGCUGUCUGUCUGGACAGUCGUAUAGGUCUGGACUGGGCGUGUUCGGUGGCUGAUAUCCUGCGGAGCCUGAACGCCUGUCCCCAGUGGAGUGUUGUCAUAGCAGCCUUCACUGACCACUGUGUCCGGCAACUACCACAAACGCUGAAACGCACCAACCUCUUCACCCUGCUGGUGCUGGUCGGCUUCCCUGAGGUGCUGUGUAUGGGCACCCAGUCAGUGUUCAUAGACAAUGCCAACGAGCAGCAUCAUAUGAUCCUACUCAAGCACUUCACCGAGAAGAACCACGCUGCUGUGGUGGAUGUCAAGACCCGCAAGAGAAAGACAGUGAAGGACUACCAGCUGAUCCAGCCGCAGGACUCCAGUGCUACAGGCUCCCACAGCCCAGGGUCCCAGGUCCAGGGCGUAGGUCAGGGUCAGGGACCCCCCCAGGCCCAGCUAACCCGCUACCUCAGUAACUUCACCUCCAUCAUCAGCCACCUGCUGCAGAGCAGUCAGGACAGCAGCACCCCCGACGCUGUGGAGGCCUCCUGGGUYGUCUCACUGGCCCUCAAGGGCCUCUACAACACACUCAAGAAGCACGGCGUUGCCGAGGCCCAGGAGGCCAUCCAACAAUCCGGUCUGACCCAGCUUCUGGUCAGGAAGUGCAGUAAGGGGACCGGCUUCAGUAAGCUGUGGCUGCUCCGAGACCUGGAGAUCCUCUCCAUAAUGCUCUACUCCUCCAAGAGAGAGAUCCACAGCAUGGCCCAGGGCCAGGACGGGGAGAGGGAGGAGAAGGAGCAAGACAAGGAGCAUGACUCGGACCACUCUAGUUGUUGUGCCGACGACCCCGACCCAAACCGGCCUGACCCACUGGAGGGGCUCGACGAAGAGACUAAGAUUUGCUUCCAGAUUACCCAUGAUGCCUUAAACGCGCCCCUGCACAUCCUGCGGGCCAUGUACGAGCUGCAGAUGAAGAGAACGGACUCCUUCUUUCUGGAGGUGCAGAAGAGGUUUGAUGGCGACGUGAUAAAGACGGACGAGACGAUUAGGACGCUGGCUCAGAAGUGGCAGCCCACCAAGAGAMCUCGCUCUGAGGAGAGGAGCACCAAGGCUGUGGACACUGACAUGAUCGUCGUGCCCUGUGUGUCCAAGCCCAGUCACUGUGAGAAGGCUACGGAGGAGACCACGGUGGUGACUCAAAAGCUGAUCACCAACACGGAGACUGACCUCCAGCUGAGCUACGCCAAGCAGCGCCGCACCAAGUCCUCCGCCCUGCUGCACAAGGAGCUGGACGCACGCAGCAACCGCUCUGUCAGACAGUACCUAGUCAAGGUGAACCAGGCCAUCGCCACCCUGUAUGCCCGCCACGUGCUGGCGUCGUUGCUGGCUGACUGGCCCCMGGGGGCGCCACUGAGUGAGGAGGCUCUGGAGCUGAGUGGGGCAUCGCACAUGGCCUACAUCCUGGACAUGCUGAUGCAGCUGGAGGAGAGACCACUCUGGGAGAGGAUUCUACAGAAAGUGCUGGUUGGCUGCAGCCAGAGCAUGCUGGGUAGUUUGUCUCUGACAGCGUGUCAGUUCAUGGAGGAGCCUGGCAUGGCCGUGCAAGUCAGGGAGUCCAAACACCCCUACGACAACAACACUAACUUUGAGGACAAGGUGCACAUCCCAGGGGCCAUCUACCUAUCUGUGAAGUUUGACUCCCGCUGUUACACUGAGGAGGGCUGUGAUGAACUUAUCAUGGGCAGCAGCUCUGACUUUCUCCAGGACCUGCACAACUUCAGCGGCUCCCCACAGAAAUGGACUGACUUCGAGAUCCCUGGGGAUACUCUGCACUACAGGUUCAUCUCAGACAUGAGCAACACAGAGUGGGGAUACAAAUUCACUGUCACCGGGGGACACAGGGGCCGCUUCCAGACAGGUUUUGAGAUCCUAAAACAAAUGUUGGCUGACGACCAAGUGCUCAGCCACCUCCCAUUGGCUGACAUCUGGGAGUGGCAGGUGGGCGUGGCCUGCCGCCAGACCGGGAACCAAAGACUGAAGGCCAUCCACCUGUUGCUCCGCCUCCUGCAGUGUCAAUCACAGAGGGGCUGUGAGCUGACCCUGCUGAGGCCUCUAUGGCAGCUGUUCAUGACCAUGGAGAGUGGUCUGAGUCAGGACCCCACCAGUAUCACUGUACUGCUGCCCCUACACAGAGCACUCACUGAGCUCUUCUUCAUCGCCGAAGCCAGGGCCAUGGAGGAAGGCAUUCUCCAGGAGUACCUAUUAGCCUUGACCACCAAUGAACAGCUCCUAGCCCGCACAGCACUGGCUCUGAAGAACAUCGCAGCCAUCAGUCUGGCUAUCAAUUACCCCAAUAAAUCCACCAAGCUGCUCAAUACAUCCCCCUGAGAAUGGAGAGAGAGACGGAACAGUGGAGAGAGAGGAGGAGAAAAAGAAAGCUAGCGACUUGGAGGGGUGGAUAUCCUCACAUCCUGUCUCUGCCAGCUCUGAAAGAGGGAUGAAGGGGAUGGAGAGAAAGAAACACCCUCUGAAUGUCUUCCUACAACAGCAGAACUGUAAAAGGGAUUCACUCCUUCCUUCCCUGCUUCUAUUCUCUCUCAAUCCCCAUUUCUAUCCUCUCUCAAUCCCCCUGUUUUCCCUCUCCAUCUCUUUGUACUAUUUUUACUGACUGGGGAGAAGGGGGGCUAACUCGACAACAACACAUCACUCUAUCACAAUCCUUUGCCUUAGGUGAAUACAACGUAUCAGCAUCGUGUGGGUUUCAGAGAAAGAAGAUAGCCUAGCUGUGUCUCUUUGUUUAGGAUUAAGAUGCUGCAGAAGCCCCUGUGCUAAAGCAAAUUAAGUGUGCCAAAUUUGUCACCUUUCUGUGGAGAAAUAGAAGUUUAUUUUCUGUUUAUUUUCUGUUUAUUCUUUUUAUUUUUAACAAAAGCCACCUUGGUUUUAGAAAAUCGGUCGCUCAUGGAGAAGCGGGUCACCUUGCCUAGCUCCCCGAAUCCCUGUCUCUCUGUGGACAAUGUAGAGCAGAACUAAAAAUACAGCUACAGCCCAGAACAGGAGAGAACAUUUCUGUUUAGGCCCCUGAGCCUCAGAUUUGUCACCAUGGGGAGAGAGAACUGAGCUCCGACCUAACAUCUCCACUAUGUUUUCUCCACAGCUUCCUCCUUUUUGUGAACAUAGAGGACAACUGUUUUUGGCCCCAGUGUCAUCUGUCUAUAUCACAGUACUUCAUUUAGAGGGUUACGGGGUUACUCUGGAAACAGUCUCAUGUUGUCAUACUUCCUAGUCUCAUUCACUCGGGGAACAGAAUGGGAGAAUUUGCCAUCUAGGUUCCUCUAUAUAUUGGAUUUCAGUAUAUUCACAGCGUAUAUUGGAUUUCAGUAUUUUCACGCAGCGACAUAAUGGGAGAAAUUGUAAUCUAGGUUCCUCUAUAUAUUGUAUUUCAGUAUAUUCCCAAGGUAUAUUGKAUUUCAGUAUAUUCACACAGACUAUAGGUAUAUGCACCUGUUGACAUGGUAAAAUGACACAGUGCAUGGACAUGGCACCAAUGGUUAACAGGAGAACUCACUUUGUCGACAGUCACUGGUGUUGGCUAAUUAUGACACGAGUGAAAUGCUCGACCACCACGCACCACUGUAGAGUUGUCUGCAUGACAGUGGUCAUGUAUUGAUGGGGUUAUAUUAUAUAUUCACACUCUGGCUGUAUACUGUACUGUAGCUUAUAAGGACACACAUGAGGGGAAAAGUGUGUUCCUGCCAUUUCUGUUCAAAGCUAAGGGAGAACAUGGUCAGUCAGCUGUGUGAUAUGAAGCCCAUUGUACAGCAAACACACACACACACACACACACACCGUAUAGUGUGGCUAGUUUAUUAUAGUAGCCUGGCGGUCCAUGCUUAAUGUGCCAUAACCAACCUCUAGCUUGUGUUCCUUCAUUGUCAUGCUAAAACUACUUGAGAAUUGGCUAUAACACAUACAGUAUGUGGACCUCUCUAUUAAAUAGUGAGUAUUACCUCCACAUAUCAGAACUAUGGAUAUUUGACCUGAAUGACAUGCCAGAUUGAGAUAUUGAUGCGGGGAUGUGAUUGGUUGUGGUCAGAUAGGUGUGUGAGCUUUCUGGAGUGUGAUUGGUUCUUAYCAGAAACAUAUGAACUUCUUAUGUUUCAUGAUCACAUCUAGAAUUAAGUUGUUUUUGUUUUAGUUCUUUGUUUUAGUUUUAGAUUUUUUGUUUGUAUUUUUUGUUUUUAUUCCUUUUUUUCCUUUAAAUUCUCCUGAUCAAAUAGAUUAAAAGACGGAAGCCCUUUUAUUUUAAAACAGCUUCCUUAAGGUGAAUUGGAUCGAUAAUUAUAUUGCAGUGUUAUUUAGUACGGUGAUGGAAAUUCAUUGCAAUAUUCAGAGUUCUAUUUUUGUUUAAGUUUUAUGUGUGUGGCAUAAUUUAAUAGGGAAGACGACGGAUGCCAAAGAAUACCCUUUUUGUCAAAUCAUUAAAUGUGUCUGAUAUGAUAUCUCUUCCAACCAGAGCACUUUAUGGAUGUGUUGUCACAUAACUGCUCUGUAUUGUGUGGAAAUAGGGGAAAGGAAGGAAAACUAUAAGAGAUGUGUUCUUUUUAUUUUGGAGGUCCUGUACUGUUAUUGAGAACAGGUUAGCUGGGUGCUAGCUGAYGAUGACACAGGCUGUUGGGUCUCCAGUGUUUUUGUUUACAUGAGCGUCAGCCAGUGUUGAGCAUCUAAAAAUGGCCGUCACACGGCCACCAAGAUGACCCCCAACAUGGGCGUCUCUUCCCUCCCAGAGAAUCCAGUUCAACAGCGCCUCACGUAUACUCCCCUACAUCUUUAUUUGGACAGGGRAGCUAAAAGUUUCAUUUGGCUCUAUAUUCCCGAAUUUUGGAUUUGAGAUCAAAUGUUUUCUGAGGCGACAGUACAAAAUAUCACCUUCUAUUUGAGAUUAUUUUCAUACAUAUCUGUUUCAUUGUUUAGAAAUGAAAGCACUUAAAGUAUCUCAUCCCCCCCCUCCAUUUGAAGGUACCAUACGAAUUUGGCCAAAUGGACUUAGUGUAUUAAAGUAGUCAGAAGUUUAGUACUUUGGUCACAUAUUCCUAGCACUCAAUGACUGCAUCAAGCUUGUGACUCUACAAACGUGUUGGAUGCGUUUACAAUUUGUUUAGGUUGUUUCUGUUGUGUCCAAUAGAAAUGAAUGGUAAAUAAUGAAUUAUUAUAUGAGUAAUUCAUUCACUUUAAUUGUAAAUAAGAAUAGAGUAGGUUUCUGAACACACUAAUGUGGAUGCUACCAUGAUUACGGAUAAUCAUGAAUGAAUCAUGAAUAAUGAUGAGUGAGAAAUUAGAGGCAUCAAUAUUAAAUGCCCCAAAAAAUACUAACUCCCCUUUUAUUGGUAAUGGUGAGAGGUUAGCAUGUUUUGGUGGUAUGAUCUUUGUUCCUCUGUAACUUUGUUGCUCAUCAUUAUUAACGAUUACUUUAUGAUUAUCYGUAAUCRUGGUCACAUUCACAUUAAUGUAGAAGUGUUCAGAAACAUUUAUAUUCUUAUUUACAAUAAAAGUGWUUCUAAAAUCA